CCCAAUAUGAUCUUUUUGUAGGAAAUAUUUUGACAUUUUAAAAUCUAAAUAUCAAAUUAGAUAGACUUAUCUUUGAAACAUGUAAAGCCUAACCUUGUUGGAUUUAUUGUAUGUUGUCAACAGACAUCUCACUCAACUUCUAAAUGUCCUUUAGAUAGACUUAUCAUUGAAACAUGUAAAGCCUAACCUUGUUGGAUUUAUUGUAUGUUGUCAACAGACAUCUCACUCAACUUGUAAAUGUUCUUUAGAUAGACUUAUCUUUGAAACAUGUAAAGCCUUUCCUUGUUGGGUUGAUUGUAUGUUAUCAACAGACAUCUCACUCAACUUGUAAAUGUCCUUUAGAUAGACUUAUCUUUGAAAUAUGUAAAGCCUUUCCUUGUUGGGUUGAUUGUAUGUUGUCAACAGACAUUUUACUCAACUUCUAAAUGUUCUUUAGAUAGACUUAUCUUUGAAACAUGUAAAGCCUUUCCUUGUUGGGUUGAUUGUAUGUUGUCAACAGACAUCUCACUCAACUUGUAAAUGUCCUUUAGAUAGACUUAUCAUUGAAACAUGUAAAGCCUUUCCUCGUUGGAUUUAUUGUAUGUUAUCAUGUUAUCAAACUAUCAUGAGACUAACACACUUGGUUCUCAGACAAACUAUAAUGAGACUAACACACUUGGUUCUCAGACAAACUAUCAUGAGACUACCACACUUGGUUCUCAGACAAACUAUCAUGAUACUAUCACACUUGGUUCUCAGACAAACUAUCAUGAGACUAACACACUUGGUUCUCAGACAAACUAUCAUGAGACUAACACACUUGGUUCUCAGACAAACUAUCAUGAGACUAACACACUUGGUUCUCAGACAAACUAUCAUGAGACUAACACACUUGGUUCUCAGACAAACUGUCAUGAGACUACCACAAUUGGUUCUCAGACAAACUAUCAUGAGACUACCACACUUGGUUCUCAGACAAACUAUCAUGAGACUAACACACUUGGUUCUCGGACAAACUAUCAUGAGACUACCACAGUUGUUUUUUUCUUUCAGAUAACAAAUAGGAAGAAUUACUCGUAUACAUUACCCUUUGGUACCAAAUAAAAAAUUUCUGUGUAUGCUUCACCACUCCGUGAAACAUAACAAAUGGCUCCUCCACUUGACAUACUAAAACUGGCCAUUAACAUAGUGGGUGAACUGACCCAGCAGUAAAAGAUUGUGUGUUUAAACUAAUGGACACUAGGAGAUUAUCAUUGAUUACAAAACAUCAAUAACUAUCAUUUACACUAAAAAUCAAGGACAACAGAUUAAACAAUUAUAACAAUGGUGAAAUCAUUCAAACAUUUUGUAUUGUAAUUAUUUAAAAAACAAACUUUAUAAGGAGAAAAUUGUUUACUGCAGUCAAAUUAGAUGAUUGUUCAGGAGAACAUAAAGUUUACUGCAGCAGUUUUUAAAGUAAUAUUGAUAGAAAAUUGAAUUAAAUGAAUUUUUUCAGUUUUGUGUUUGAUAUACUGAUGUAGAAAUGUGUAAAGACAGAGAUUCAGGUAAUUGGUUUACCAUAACUAGCAUCGUUAACUUGUUCUAAUCUCUGUUAUAGAAAAUGUACUUCGGCUGGUUUCAUUUGUUG